GUAUUUAAAGAACGGUGAAGUUAGAAAUAUUAAAGAAAAGUUGAGAACUAAGAGAAGCUUAUGAUAGUUACUAGUUGUGGCGGUAGUGAAAGAAGAAGAAGAAGAAGUGAAGAUGAUGAUGAUUAGAGAAUGGAAGGAUAUUCCAGAUGAACUUUUGAUGCAGAUUUUGUCACUUUUAGAUGAUCAAACAGUUAUUACAGCUUCUCAUGUUUGCCAUGGCUGGAGAGAUUCCAUUUCUUUUGCUCUUACUCACUUAUCACUCUCAUGGUGUAGCAAGAACAUGAAUAACUUGGUCCUAUCUUUAGCUCCUAAGUUCACAAAGUUGCAUACUCUAAUCCUUCGCCAAGACAAGCCUCAACUAGAGGACAAUGCUGUUGAGGCUGUUUCAAAAUUCUGUCCCGACCUGCAGGUUCUGGACCUCAGUAAAAGUUUCAAGCUUACGGAUCGUUCACUAUAUGCUAUAGCUCUUAGUGGUUGUGAUCUUAGAAAACUCAACAUCAGUGGCUGUUCAACCUUUAGUGACACAGCUUUGGCUUACCUAGCUAGUUUAUGUAGAAAGUUGAAAGUUUUGAAUCUAUGUGGCUGUGUUAAAGCUGUAUCAGAUACUGCAUUACAGGCAAUUGGACAUUACUGCAAUGAGUUACAGUUUUUGAACCUUGGAUGGUGUGAACAAAUCAGUGAUGUUGGAGUCAUGAGUUUAGCAUAUGGAUGCCCUGAUCUUAGAACACUCGACUUAUGUGGUUGUGUCCUUAUAACAGAUGAUAGUGUAAUAGCGUUGGCGAAUAGGUGUCCUCAUUUGAGGUCACUUGGGCUGUACUACUGCAAAAACAUAACAGACAGAGCAAUGUACUCAUUGGCACAAAGUAAAGUGAAUAACAAGAUGUGGGGAUCUGUGAAUGGUGAAUAUGAUGAGGAUGGUUUAAGGUCUUUGAACAUUAGUCAGUGUACAUCACUCACUCCUUCAGCUGUUCAGGCUGUUUGUGACUCGUUCCCUGCACUUCACACCUGCUCAGGAAGACAUUCACUCAUUAUUAGUGGUUGUUUGAAUCUCACAUCUGUGCAUUGUGCUUGUUGCAUCCGGCCUCACCGCGCUAUAAACUCUUUCCCUCACUCUGCUCAUUGAUGCAGAGAGGGUAAAGUCCCGUUAAGAAGUGCCUUGAAAGGCCUAGAGAAUUGAUAAAUAAUUUACCUCUAGUAGAUGUUUUUGUUGAGGUCUGUGUAUUAUGUACAAGUUAGAUGUUUAUGUUCUGGUCUGUAUAUUAUGUAAAAAAGCUUAAACUUCUUUGGA